UUUUGUGUAUUUUGUCUAACGUUGGCCGUUGACUAGGAGUGAGGGGCCGCGAGGGAAUGUUUUAAGAGAGAGCAAUUGGAAAAUUGAGAGAGAGAGGGAGAGCCAUGAACGGAAUAGCAGUUUCGCCGACGAACAGUUGUUUUCUCAACAUUCAAAACAUACCCACCAAACAGCAAUCCAGGAAUUCGCUCGAGUUCUUUAACAAAACCUCAAAUCCAUCAAAUCGAGAAAACCCAUUUCCUUCAUUUGCCAUUAAAGCCUCAAAUACCACACAAUCAACUGUGCCUCCGCUAGUGGUUGUUGGAUCAGCCAACGCAGACAUCUAUGUAGAAAUUGAGAGGCUACCCGAAGCAGGAGAGACCAUAUCAGCCAAUUCAGGGCAGACACUUGCUGGUGGCAAGGGUGCCAAUCAGGCUGCUUGUGGAAGCAAACUCUCCUACCCAACAUACUUUGUGGGUCAGGUGGGUGAGGACGCACAUGGGAAAUUGAUCACUGAUGCAUUGGGGAGUGGUGGGGUUUUACUUGAUUAUGUGAGGAAUUUGGUUGGUGUACCAACUGGGCAUGCUGUGGUGAUGCUGCAACGUGAUGGCCAGAAUUCCAUCAUUAUUGUUGGUGGUGCCAACAUGAGUUGUUGGCCUGAGAGGCUCUGCGAUGAGGAUUUGCAGGUUGUGAGAAAAGCUGGGAUUGUUUUGCUCCAGCGGGAAAUCCCAGAUUAUGUCAAUAUUCAAGUUGCUAAGGCUGCAAAAGGCGAAGGGGUUCCUGUAAUUUUAGAUGCAGGGGGAGUGGAUGCACCAAUUCCUCUUGAACUACUGAAAGCUAUUGAUAUACUGAGCCCAAACGAAAGUGAACUUGGUCGUUUGACUGGAAUGCCGACUGAAAACUUUGAACAAAUUAGUCAGGCUGUGGAGAAGUGUCAUGCCAUGGGUGUGAAACAAGUCCUUCUGAAACUUGGUGCCAAAGGAUCAGCCUUAUUUGUAGAAGGGGAGAAUCCAAUUAAACAAGCUGUAAUAUCAGCUCCUAGGGUCGUAGAUACUACUGGAGCUGGUGACACAUUUACUGCUGCCUUUGCAGUGGCUCAGGUUGAGGGCAAGUCCAAAAAGGAAUCCUUGAGAUUUGCUGCUGCAGCAGCUUCUCUCUGUGUUCAAGUAAAGGGAGCCAUUCCCAGCAUGCCUGAUAGAAGAUCAGUCUUGAAUCUUCUGCAGUCUGUCUGAGGUUUUCUUGUUUUCUUUUUUUUCUUUUGUUGUCUUGGAUAGCCGGCUUCCAUUGGUCUGUAUGCAAAUAAAUGAAAGGUAAUGGUCCUUUGUCGUUACUUUUCAAAUAAUCAUCGAGGGUUCUUUUACAUUUAAUAUCACGACCAUGGUAAAAACCCACCAUGGAUUCAAAGUUUCUGGUAUUCCUCCCUCUUUAGUGCUACUCUUUUCUUGAAUUCAAGUAUGUGCAGGGCACUGGAUUAACUGUUUGGUAACAGUGCAGCUUAUCUUUUCAUAGAUUUUCUUAUACACGAAUGUUGUUGCAAAGGUAUUACUCUCUAGUCUCCGACGGUUUCUUUCUUAGUGGAAAGCUAUUUGGGGUAAAAUCCUAACCAUUUACGGUCUCCAAAGAAGAGGCAUUGCUACUACAAGUAGAUGUGUUUAUCUGUAAGAGAGAUUCAGAGUCCAGUAGUCAUAACUUUCUGAACUGUUCUUGGAGAAGGAAGAUCUGGUUAACUAUCUGAAACCAUAUAUGGAACCGUUUCAUUGAUAAUAUACAUAUAUAUGUAGGGUUUAUAUAUAUGUAUAUAUGCAGAAGUGUGUCUGCUGAAUUAAUAUUGCUUAGGACUGGUUUUGCUUAGACACAGAGAGAGGGAAGAUCUUCAACAGUAUCCCAAUGCUUGCUGGUUGCUCUGGCUAGAAAGUCAUAUCCAAGUUUUCUCAGACAAUGGAAGCCCUUUAGAUCAUUUUAUGGACAAUCGGCUUAGUAAUUUAUACUCUGGUUUUCCAGAGAUUGUACUAAUAUCCUGCAAACCAUCCCUAUAGUUGUACCUUA